AUGGAGGGGCUGUCUUCUCCGGUGUGGAUUCGGUUGCCGAACCUGCCUCUGCAGUAUUGGGAUGAAUGUAACAUUGCUAGGAUUGCUUCCAGAUUUGGUACUCCUCUGUGGAUUGAUGCGCAGACUGGGAGUUGGGGCCGCAGAGAAUACGCCCGCGUUUGUGUAAGGAUGAACCUGGCUACUAAAUUACUUGAUGGAGUGUGGAUUAACGGGUGGAAAGGGAAAUUCUUCCAACCGAUGGAGUAUGAGGGAAUUGGAGUUAUGUGUUAUGGCUGUGGCAGAGUGGGUCACCGAAAGGAACAAUGCCCCAGCAGGCAGAAUAGCUCGGAAAGUCGAUAUCUUAAUGGUUCUAGAGGGAUGCAGCCUCCUCGUAACCAGGCUGGGAAGAGUCCGAUCACUCCUCCCCCCUCCCGGCCGAGUGGGGUUGAUCUGGGGACUUCCUCUAUGUAUGGGACCGCUAGUGCUUCUGCUGAUGGGCCUGCUCCCCCUCCUUCGGCUUGUCGGGCUAGUGCGGAAGACAAUGAAGAUGAAGUGGGACCUUGGAUCCAAGUGCUUCCUAGGAGGAGGAGGAACUCCCGUGUGCCGAAUAAUGGUGGACCAAGUAGUACCUCGAAGGGGAAAGGGAUCGCUCCGAAGCAAGUUGAUCUGAGUAAGGUGGGUGUGCCCCAGAGCAAGGUGCGGCCUACCCAAGUGCAGAAAUGUAUGGGAUUCAAGAAACCCCUCCCUUUUACGGCUGGAAUUAGGCGGGAGACUCCGGUGGUCAACCGGUUCUCCCUUGAUAAGGAAUUGAGCUUACUUGAAUCGCCUGUCGAGAUCCCUCAAAAGCGUAAGAAAGAGGAGGGUGGAACGGUUUGCGGCGGGGACGCUUCCCCUUUGGUUAACCAAUGA